GUGGUGGUGGCGGUGGUGGUGGUGGCGGUGGUGGCUGCCAGGCUGUUAGGGUGGUUGUUGUCAUGCCUGUUGCAUCACCGCCUCGGUGCCAAGUUCAAGAUCGGCUCCGUCGGACUGUUGUCUGUCAACAACCUGACACUACAGCCGGGUCUCCACAACACCCUGGAGAUUGACAAGGUCUGGCUUUCCUGCCGGCUUUUCAACCCAGGACUUCCGAGGCCAUUUGCUCUGUGCCUGAGGGAGGUCCGCCUCCGACUUGACCUCUCACCCUGCCCCGCCCCCGACGUCUCCACGGCAACGCCGGCCGGCCCUGCCUCCGGCCACACCCCCCCGGCCCCAGCAGCCAAUCAGAGGAGGCCGCUACUCAUCCGGGCGCUGGCACAGGUGUGCAGUGUGCAGGUGGAAAGUGUCAGUGUGAUGCUGCUGCACGCCCUGGUGCCUGGGGCUCUCACCCACACCACCACCAGCACGCUGAGUGUCCUCCUCAGCCCCUCUACUACUGGCAUGUGCACCCUGCAUUUGAGUCUCAGCCAAUUAAACAGCAGGAUGCUCAAGAGCAGCAGCCAACCGGCUGAGCUGUGCGUCGCAGAGCUGUGCCUCAGCCUGAGCCUGACGGCCCAGCUGGACUUGACCUCGCUGAAGGUCGCGACCCUUGACCUCCGCCUGGGCAAGCUGGUGGCGGGGCUGCACGGGGUCGCGACCUUCGACCCCGAGGCGGAGGGCGGGGUCGCGACCCCGCACGCCGGCCGCCCCCCCCCGUCGGAGGAGGGGGGGUGGAAGGUCACGACCUCUGACCUGAUGGCGCGCCUGCCCGAGUUGACGAGCGUGCAGGUCAACAACGUGAGCGUCACCGCCACGCUGGCUGUGACACAGCAGAGCCCCGUGGUGAUGGCGACUCGCCUGGUGGAGUGUCGACUCACCCUCUGCCCCCACCCACCACAGCCGCCACGGUGGGGGGAGGGGCCGGUGGGGGGUGGGCGGGGCCUUGAGGGGGGCCCUCCCCACCCCCCACCACAGCCGCCGCUACCCCAGGGCAGCUGUUGCGUCACUGUUCACGAUUUGCAUCUCACCUCUCAGAGUCGCCACAAGAUUUUCUCUCUCAGUCAUCUCAGCGUCAGCGCGGAGGUGAGCGAGGCGGUGAGCGAGGCGGUGAGCGAGGGGGUGAGCGUGGGGGUGAGCGUGGGGGUGAGCGUGGGGGUGAGGUCGUGCGUGGUGGACUACCGGCACGAGGAGGCCGUGCCGUGGGUCGCCGCGGUUACGGCAGCGGUGGCGGCACGGCGACCCCGGGUGACUGGCGGUGGUGGUUACGGUGGUGGUGUUGGCGGUGUUGCCGUGGUGCCGGUGGUGGUGCUGCGUCUUGCCGUGUCUCUCCGGCACUUUGCCGUCUCCGCACGAGCGCCGGGCCUCCCGCCGUGCACCGUGGCCGUGGCAGAACUCAACGUCGACGGGGCCCAGCUGCAGGGACAUCGCCAGGUGGCUGUGGUGCUGCAUGGCGCCUGCUGGGCCCUGGGGGAGGGGCCUGGCGGGGGCCCGGGGGGAGGGGCUCUGGGGGGGGGGGCCCGGCCGCACGAAUGGGGGAGGGCGCUCUCACUGGAGCAGGCCAAGGUUGUGCUGUUAGAGUCUCUAUCCACAUCUGGCCUAAUUCAGUCCCAGAGUCUGGCUGUGGACUUGAAGGCCGAGGGUCUUCAAGUUGAGGCGAGUGAAGCCUCCCUGCUGUGCGUCCACAAGGGCCUGGAGGCCCUGAGGGCAGCAGCAGGAGCAGCAGCAGUAGGAGGGGCAGCAGCAGAAGCAGCAGCAGGGGCAGCGUCAUCAGAGGCAGCAGCAGCAGUAGGGGCAGCAUCAGUAGGAGCAUCAGGGGCAGUGUCAUCAGAGGUGUCGUGUGGCUGA